ACCGGACCGGCAAAUGCGGAGUAAAAAUCACAUGCCUUUACAUGGUCCGGCUGGGAAAGCCAAUCACAAGCCCCGCGUUAACGGUAUAAGACCUCUGAACCACGACAAAUUCUUCCUCCUCCUCUUCCUCCUCAUUUCAUUAUGUCUGUCAUUGUCGUCGGCGGCGGUCUCGCAGGUCUCUCAGCGGCUCACACGCUCCUCGAGCGAGGAGCUAAUGUCCUGCUCCUUGACAAGCAAGGAUUCAUGGGCGGAAACUCAACAAAAGCGACUUCUGGUAUCAACGGUGCCGGUACACAGACGCAACAAGAAAACGGGAUUCCUGACAACGCGAAAAUAUUCUUCGACGACACCAAGAAAUCGGCUCGUGACCUCGCUCGAGAUGACCUCAUUCGCGUACUCACAGGUCGUUCCGGCGAUGCUGUUAAUUGGCUGCAAGACAAGUUCGCACUCGAUCUGUCCAAGGUUGCUCGCCUUGGUGGUCACAGUCAACCACGAACCCACCGUGGAAGUGCUCAGUUCCCGGGAAUGGUCAUCACUUAUGCUCAAAUGGAACGCCUCGAGGAUCUUGCCGUAUCGGAUCCCAACCGGGUUAAAAUCCUGAAGAAGGCUAGGGUGACCAAGCUCAUCAAGGAGGGCGAUGCUGUUAUUGGUGUUGAGUAUACGCACGGCAACGCGACGCAUACUGCUUAUGGUCCCGUCAUCCUGGCCACCGGUGGAUAUGCGGCCGACUUUUCUUCAGAUUCCCUUCUCAAGAAAUACCGUCCUGAACUUUGGGACCUUCCAACUACCAAUGGCGACCAUUGCACUGGUGAUGGACAGAAAAUGGCAAUGGCCGCUGGUGCCAGCGGCAUUGAUCUGGAGAAGGUUCAAGUCCACCCGACUGGUCUUGUCGAUCCAAAUGAGCCGGACGCGAAAGUCAAGUUCUUGGCCGCAGAGGCUCUUCGAGGUGUCGGUGGUCUAUUGCUAGAUAACGAGGGUCAACGUUUUGUCGACGAGCUGCAGCACCGAGACUUCGUCACAGGUAAAAUGUGGGAAAACGGCAAGUAUCCCAUUCGACUGGUUUUGAACGGCCGUGCAUCUAAGGACAUUGAAUGGCAUUGCAAGCAUUACGUAGGACGAGGCUUGAUGAAGCGUUUCGAUUCUGGUGAUGCCCUCGCGAAGGAAUUUGGUCUAGCUCCUGCGGUUCUUAAGAAGACGUUUGAGGACUACAACAAGAGCGUCCGUACUCGAAAGGAUCCAUUCGGCAAGAAGUUUUUCUCCGGCGAAUGGUCUUACGAUGACUUCUUUCAUGUUGCCAUCAUGACACCUGUUCUGCAUUAUACCAUGGGUGGUCUCGAGAUCGAUGAUGAAUCUCGGGUGGUCUCUGCGAGCGGAAAGCCGAUACCUGGUCUCUUCGCUGCUGGUGAAGUCGCUGGAGGUGUUCAUGGAGCCAACCGACUUGGAGGAUCUUCGCUUCUAGGUUGCGUUGUCUUCGGUCGUGUCUCUGGUGACUCUGCCGCAAAGUAUCUGUUGAUGCAGGCCAGCGAGGCCGUCGCGAAAGCUGGCGGACGGAUCGGUCAACUAGCGGGACAGCUUGGAGGCUCAUCAAGCGCAAGUGCCCCGGCAUCGACGCCAAGUCCCGAAACAAAGAAGGAAGCAGCUUCUUCAUUGGGUGUCAAGGCGAGGUCAUUUUCGGCGGAGGAAGUUGCGAAACAUAACAAGAAAGACGAUAUAUGGGUAAUUGUGGACGGACAGGUGUUAGACGUUACCAGCUUCCUUCCUGAUCAUCCUGGAGGUGAGAAGGCAAUCCUGUUAUAUGCUGGCCGGGACGCAACAGAGGAGUUCAACAUGCUGCAUGAUCCCAAGGUUAUCCCUCGCUAUGCGCCCGAUGCUGUAAUCGGUACACUCAAGAAGUAAAUUGAUGAUGUCCUGUCCUUGUUUUCAUGUCAUUUGUAGGAUGGAUACUUGUAUUUUAGUUGUCAUGCCGCUUUUUCCGCCCUAAUUAUUAUAAAUCAAAUUGAAACCUUGGACUAUGACGCA